UAAGAAAAAUGGGGAUGAAGGACCUCCUCAUCCCCCUCUUCAUUAAUCUCCUCUUCCUUGUACUUUCUUCCCUCGCCAUUAACGUUGCUCAGCCCCCUAAUCUCGACGAGUACGAGUACGUGGAAUGCCUCCACAACCACUCUGUUCCCCCCAACCUCUACUUCACUCCUCAAUCCCGUUUCUACAGACAUUUCUUCUUCUCCUCCGUCCGCAAUCGCCGCCCCCUCCUAAACUCCUCUAAACCACUUCUACUCUUUCUCCCCACCAUCGACAACCACGUCCAAGCCGCUGUUCUCUGUUCCCGCAGCCUGGGCAUUCGCAUCCAUGACUAUGAGGGUCUAUCCUACGCUUCCACCUCCGGUCGAUUCGUGCUCGUCGACCUCCAAUUCCUCUCUUCCAUCAACAUCGAUAUGCACUCCAGCACAGCCUGGGUGCAUGCCGGCACUACUCUCGGCGAGCUCUACUACGCCAUCGCCAACCAUAGCAGAACUGUCGCCUUCCCCGCCGGCCUCUGUCCCACCGUAGGCGUUGGCGGGCAUCUCAGCGGCGGAGGAUUGGGGACUUUAACGAGGUUCUUCGGGUUAGCGAGCGAUAACGUAGAAGACAUCCGAAUCGUCGUGGCAAGCGGAGAGAUAAAGGAUCGAGAAACGAUGGGAGAAGAUCUAUUCUGGGCGCUGAGAGGGGGAGGAGGCGCGAGCUUUGGGGUGAUUCUAGCUUACAAGGUGAGGCUUGUGGGGGUUCCGAGUAAGGUAACUGUUUUCACAAUCUCAAAAACUUUGGAGGAGGGAGCGACGAAGCUUGUGGACAAAUGGCAGCACAUGGCUUAUAGGGUGGAUAAGAGGCUGUUUAUCCAGGCGGUGUUUACGGUUUUGGGAGAUGAUAGGGAAACAGAUGAUGGGAAUAAGACGAACAGAACAGUACAGGUUUCCUUUAAAUCCUUGUUCCUUGGUGAGACGAAUGGGCUUCUUCGCGUAAUGGAGGAUUCUUUUCCGGAACUCAAGUUGAAGGCGGAGGAUUGUACAGAGAUGAGCUGGAUUGAGUCGGUCCUCUACUUCGCACGAUACGAAGGAAAGCCUUUGAGCAGCCUACUAGAGAGAUAUUCUCCGGUGUUCAACAGCUCCUUCAAGCACAAAUCCGACUUCUUAACACAAACCAUCCCCUUGGAAUCUUGGGACAGAAUACUGAGUCGUUUCCUCGAGAAAGGAGAGCAACCCACACUGAUGUUAGAUCCGUGGGGUGGGAGAAUGGAUGAAAUCUCUGAAACCGAGACAGCAUUUCCUCAUCGGAAAGGAAGCCUUUUUAACGUCCACUAUUUGACGGAGAGGUGGUCGGAAGACGACACUGCAGUGAGCAAGAGGCAUGUGGAAUGGUUGAGGAGGUUUUACGAGUUCAUGACACCUUAUGUUUCUAAGAAUCCAAGGGCGGCUUAUCUCAACUAUAGAGAUUUGGAUAUUGGGACGAAUGUGAAGGGGAACAAGACGACUUACUGGGAGGCGAGAGUGUGGGGAGAGAGAUAUUAUAAAGGUAACUUCAAGCGAUUGGCUUAUGUGAAGGGCGAGGUGGAUCCUACUAACAUGUUCAUGAAUGAGCAGAGCAUU